CAGACGAGAAAGAUGAAGCUGACGAAGAUGAAGCUGACGAAGAGGAAGAAGAAGAAGAAGAAGAAUCUGCCUGGCAGAUCUCGGGCAAAUCGACAAGCAACGAGCGGGAUCGAUAGGACCGCGGAUUAUGGACAGGGAGAUCUUCCCUACCGGCGUGCUAAAACUAAUAGUGUCUGCUAUAUAUAUAUAUACAUAUAUACAUCGAGCGGCAGCAGCAGAAGUGAAAGACCCGGGGCGCUGCCAGACAGUCACAGGCCACCCAUUUUCUGAGCGGAUGAAAUCUCCAUCGACGGCCGAGGAUGUGGAGAGCACCGCGAUGAUGCGCAUAAGCUACAUACCGGGGUUACUAUGAGACCCUCUGCCUGGAUGCUGGGUGGUUGGUGAUGGUGGAGGACGGGCGUUAUAAUCGCUGGGACGGGACCAAAACUCGAUGUCUAUCCACAAGGCGGCGGCGUCAUAACUAUUGCUACGGAGUCGUUAACUGGCUGCUCGGGCGACCUAUGACAUGGCCUGCCUGUUUCCAAAGCCGCAUGUUCCUGUUUGUUUAAACCCAUCGGCCUCGCAUCGACAGACCCAAAACGGCGGGAGAUUUUCCCUUGGGCCCCUUAAUAUUCAACUGGGAUUGCGAGGCCUCUGGGACUACCAGCCAUCGCUUUUCGAGACAGCCGGCCCGUCUUCUGCUGCUUCGGGAGAGACAGACAGACAGACAGAGACAGAGAGAGACGCGCGGGGGGACAAAGCUGAGAGGGACGAAGGUGACGAUAAAGAACUCAUCCUGCACCCACCCCUCAAGUGGAGAGCGUUCAGGGGAUAUACGGUCGAUCUACAGGGAUCGAGGAUUAUUACAACCAGUCAGCAGCAAAGAAUACGACGCCUUCCCCCAGGCCGGCAAGGGCACUGAUUGGCUUCACGGUUCCACGAACUGCUCCAGCAGCAGCAGACAGGCCCAAAGUUCAUGUCCACCGCAAAGGGGAGCGGUAGAUAACUUUUUUUUUGGGUCGAGAAGAUCAAGAGCCACUCAUAUCUCCAGAGAAAGGCUCAUUGGCGUUUUUCCGAACAGACUAACGUGUACGUUCAACUCUCUCCUUUUCAUCAAAUGAUCAUCAAGAAGCUCUCUUUUUGUUUUACCUCAGAUAUGCUCCGGAUU